CUGAUGUGUGCAAGGAGAGUACGUUCUCCUUAAGUGACGUGUUCUUCAGAGCGGCCACGCCGGCGGCAACUGCAACUCCAGUAAAACUCGAGUCUCGUGAUUUGUAGAAGUGGACAGACUUUGUGUGUGUGUGUAAAUCUACCAUUAACUAUUACAGGUGAACAACAGCUGCUGCUGUUUAGAUGAAAACAACGAAGGACGAUCAAGGGGUAGUUUAGGGAUGCAGUCUGGAUUCGAGUGUCGACUACUGUACCUAGGGCCGCCCUAACCAUGGCAGCGGCGAGAAUCGGCCGGAGGUCCACAGCGGUGGCCGCUGAUAUGUACGAGCCGAUCUCUGUAGUGACAUCUCGGCCGCCUGACAGCCAGUCCGCUUCUUCAGCCGACUCCGGCAGCUUCACCGAGUCACAGUCGAGCAGCAACGAUGACGACUAUCUGCCCUACCCGGGUUUCAUGCCGGUUGCUUUGCACUGUUUCCAACAAACCACAUGGCCCAGGACCUGGUGUCUCUAUCUUAUCACCAGCCCGUGGUUUGAACGAGUCAACAUGAUGGUCAUCCUGCUAAACUGCGUCACGCUGGGCAUGUACCAACCAUGUGUGGAUGAACUAUGUGAUAACAAUCGCUGUAAACACCUACAGUUGUUCGACCAUCUAAUAUUCGCCUUCUUCGCUCUAGAAAUGAUGAUCAAAGUUUUGGCCAUGGGUUUCGUAGGGAAGGGGGCCUACCUCGCUGAAACUUGGAAUCGUCUGGACGGUUUCAUUGUCGUGGCAGGGGCUUUGGAGUAUUGUCUCGACAUUGGGAACAUGAAUCUUACGGCAAUCAGAACAAUCCGUGUCUUGCGGCCAAUUAGAGCUAUCAACAGGAUACCAAGUAUGCGAAUCCUAGUGAUGCUACUACUCGAUACUCUACCAAUGCUAGGAAACGUGCUACUUCUGUGUUUCUUCGUUUUCUUCAUCUUCGGUAUAGUAGGAGUCCAACUGUGGGCAGGUCUUCUGAGACAACGUUGUUAUCUGGACUUACCGGAAAAUGUUCGAUUCCCAGGAAAUCUCCCGGCCUAUUACAUGAACGAUGUCACAGAUCAGGAUUAUAUCUGUAGCCUAGAAAAGGAUAACGGAAUGCACAAAUGUCAAGAUUUUCCCCACUUCUCUUAUCGGGGGACCGUCUGUAAUUCCACCGCUCACCCCAAUAGCGACAACUCCCCCAGCAACAGCUCGUGCGUCAACUGGAACCAGUAUUAUCGAAAUUGCCGAGCAGGCGAAAAGAAUCCAUUCCAGGGUGCAAUAUCUUUCGACAACAUAGGCUUAGCUUGGGUAGCUAUAUUUUUGGUAAUUAGUUUGGAAGGAUGGACAGACAUUAUGUAUUACGUACAGGAUGCUCAUUCGUUUUGGGACUGGAUUUAUUACGUUCUUCUCAUAGUGAUAGGAUCAUUUUUCAUGAUCAAUCUUUGUUUGGUUGUGAUUGCUACCCAGUUUUCUGAGACCAAGAAGCGUGAGCUGGAACGAAUGAGACAAGAGCGAGCCAGGUACCAUUCCAACAGCACCCUGACAAGUGUGUCGGAACCCCUCGGGUGUUAUACAGAAAUGAUAAGGUACCUAGCUCACUUGGGAAGACGAGCAAGACGGAGAUUUGUAUAUUGGUACCGACGGAUGCGCCGGAAACGUAGGAGGGAGGAAUUUCCACGCUCGAUGUGUUUAGGGAAUAAACGGAGGUAUCCGACCCCGAGUUCUUUAACACAGCAAUACUCUCGUGAACAUGUCUCAGUAAUCCUUGACUCGCAUGCUCACGUUCCGGAAAACUCUUCAAGUAGCAGUCCUUUUACCCCGUGUACAACCCCCCCUACGUCCCCACGUCCCCCAGUGUUGCUCAAGGUGCCGAGUGUUUCUAGUCGGGAGAGUUUUUCCUACAGUUCAGAUAAAACCAAAGGGGACCCGGCCUCACCUCUGAAGCAGUCUUCCCCGAAGAAGGUGUCUGUUCAUCUCAGUUACCUGCCCUCUAGCGUCAGUGCAGACAGCCGGCUGACCUGUGCGGAACUGCUGGCUCUGAACAGCGCUCAAGGCGCUGUUUUGGCUGCUAGUAGCUUUGCCAUGCAGUGUUUGUACUCAUCGUUACACAAAGGGAUCAAGCACUAUUCAGACCCAGUGCUGCUAUACUUCUCGGAAGAUCAGGAAAGCACUCCUAACGAAGCUGACUGGAGCGAUACGGAGUCGGAUAAUGAUGGCAAGCCGCCAGACGAACGUCAAGGUAGGCGGAAGUCCUGGUUGUGGUGGAAGCCUCACCAAGCUAAGCUGAGGUCUCUGGUCAACCAUAAAUACUUUCAACGUGGAAUAUUGACGGCAAUAUUGUUCAACAGCAUCAGUAUGGGGAUCGAAUAUCACGACCAGCCAGAAGAACUGACCCAUGCUGUAGAGGUCAGUAAUGUCGUUUUCACGUGUAUAUUUGGUGUGGAAAUGAUCCUUAAAAUAAUGGCAGAAGGACUCUUUGGAUACAUAAGUAAUGGCUUCAACAUGUUUGAUGGAAUCAUCGUUAUCAUAAGGUGUGUUCUACUUAUA